GUCUGGGCUACCUCCUCCCUCGCGGCACGUGAAGCUGUUGUGAGGUGGGCAGAGGCCCCAGGGGUAUAUCUGGCCAAGGCCAACGGCAAUGCUGGGGUCAGAGUCUGCUCCCCGGCAAGGGGGCCGGCGCACUGCUAAACGCAGGGGUGAGCCAGCUCCAGGAGCCGUGAGCCAGGGGAAGGGGGAGGCGCGAGUUCCAGCGCGUGGCAGCGCGGAGGCCGGAGACCAGGAGGGGAGAGCGAGCCGCAGAGAGACGCAAGCGAGGCGCGCGGGGGAGCGCACACCCGCUCCGGAGCCCGAGCCUGGUGGCGGCGGGCGGCGAGGCAGCAGUGCGGCCACGCCCUUGCCCGAGCCUUGCGUCCUCCCAGUCCCGCUCCUACCUCCGGCGUCAGGUCUCCCGAGGAUGGAGGAUUCCCGGGAGACGUCGCCGUCCUCCAACAACUCCUCGGAAGAGCUCUGCUCUGCCCUGCAGCUGUCCAAAGGCAUGUCUAUCUUCCUCGACAUACUGAGGAGAGCAGACAAAAAUGAUGACGGAAAAUUAUCCUUUGAAGAAUUCAAAGCAUAUUUUGCAGAUGGUGUUCUGAGCAGGGAAGAAUUACAUGAGCUCUUCCAUACCAUCGAUACGCAUAAUACCAACAAUCUUGACACAGAAGAACUCUGUGAAUAUUUUUCUCAGCACUUGGGUGAGUAUGAGAAUGUGCUCGCGGCACUUGAAGACCUAAAUCUUUCCAUCCUGAAGGCAAUGGGCAAAACAAAAAAAGACUACCAAGAGGCCUCCAAUUUGGAACAAUUUGUAACUCGAUUUUUAUUGAAGGAGACUUUGAAUCAGCUACAAUCUCUCCAGAAUUCUCUGGAAUGUGCUAUGGAAACUACUGAGGAGCAAACCCGUCAAGAAAGGCAAGGGCUAGCCAAGCCAGAAGUCCUGUCGAUUCAGUGGCCUGGAAAACGGUCAAGUCGCCGAGUCCAGAGACACAACAGCUUCUCCCCUAACAGCCCUCAGUUUACUGUCAGCGCUCCAGGCUUAUUAGAAGAAGAUAAUCAGUGGAUGACCCAGAUAAACAGACUCCAGAAACUAAUUGAUCGACUGGAAAAGAAGGAUCUCAAACUUGAACCUCUGGAAGAAGAAGUUGUUGAAGGAAAUACUAAAUCUCACAUCAUGCUUGUGCAGCGUCAGAUGUCUGUGAUAGAAGAGGACUUGGAAGAAUUCCAGCUUUCUCUGAAACACUAUGUAGAGAGUGCUUCCUCCCAAAGUGGAUGCUUGCGUAUUUCUAUACAGAAGCUUACAAAUGAAUCUCGCUACAUGAUUUAUGAGUUCUGGGAGAACAGUAGUGUGUGGAAUAGCCACCUUCAGACGAGUUAUAGCAAGACAUUUCAAAGAAGUAACGUGGAUUUCUUGGAAACUCCAGAACUCACAUCCACUAUGCUAGUUCCUGCUUCAUGGUGGAUCCUGAACAACAACUAGAUGUUCCUAGACAUUUUUCUUGGGUUCCAAGUGCAAAACAAGUAUUAUCUAAAAUGUGAAUUAAAAAGUUCUCUAUAGUUAUUCAUCUGCUCUAUGCUUUUAAUAUAUUUACUCUAAGAUGUGUAUUCUUCUAAAAUGUCUUCUGUAACUUUACCUUUCAUGUGAAUUUUAGCUCAAUUUUCAAAGUUCACUAUUAUUCUCAAUAUUUGCUGUUUUGCUACAUUAUAACCUAAAACCCUUUAGUCACAAAAUCCUAAUAUGUGAAAACAGUGUACACGUAAAGAAGCAAAAUUGUGAAAAAGAAAUUGUUAUGAUAAGGAAAAAUUUAACGUGGGAACUUUUAGAUUAUUCAUAGGACAGCUUUUGUAGAUGUGUCAUAAACUAUAAAGGUUAAAGCAAUGUUUUUCUGAUUUUUACCUAACUGAUUUUCUGUGAGUUUAUUCUUCAAUAAUGCCUACUCCAUUUCCAACUUGUGAUCCUAUGACUAUUUACUUUACAUUACUUAAAAAGUUAAUACAUGAUCCAAUAUGACUGGUGUCCUUAUAUGCAGAGAGAGAAACAGCAGGGAUACACAUACACGAAGAAAAAGCCACGUGAGGACACAGUAAGAAAGUGGCCAAGUGUAAGCCAAGGAGAGAGGUCUCAGGAAAAAUCAACCCUGAUAGCACCUUGACCUUGGACUUCUAGUCUCUAGAGCUGUGAGAAAAUAAAUUCCUAUUGUUUAAGCUAAAAAACAAUACAUGAACCUAAAACAACCUUGGAUGUAACCUAUAGAAUCUCUAUCCAUCUGUCAGGUUAUAAACUGGUUUUUCACAGUGAACAAUUCUGUGAUAGAUAGGGUACGAUUUAGUAAGGUAGCACCAUUAUAUCAUUUAUUAGCAUUAUAAUUCCCUGUAUGUAAGUUAAACAAAUCAGGGAGAGAGAGAGUUUUACUUUGAGAAAAUUUGGUUCAAAUUUUAUGGCAUAUCAUCCAGAGAGGAUAGAGGUGAUCCAGAGGGUUAACUUUUCUUAUGAAAAAGAUACUUGCAUUUAAAUAACAAUUUCAAAAUACUUUGAAAACAAAAUUUUAACCUGAGUGAACAAAGAAUAAAUAUAUAACAAGCAUAAAACUUUAGGGAAGUAAUAAAAUAGUAGGGAAGUACUGGACAGAAAACAUCCAUCUUCCAGUUUCACCACUAGAAUGACUACAAUCCUAGUUUCGCCAGAACAACUAAAACUAUGUACCUUAUAUACUCUGCUGUACACGCUCAUAAAUCUUUUUAAUAAAAUCUACUCUGAUGAUAAACACUGUUAAUGAAAAUACAAUGCAUAUACAAUUUGUUACCAUAUUAUUCUCUAGUCCAAAUUUCUUUGAAACCACAUGUUUUCCAGGAAAAAUGUGAAGUAAAUUUCUCCUGUCUUUUUACUGUUUGAAAACUCAGAAGAAAGGAAAGCUUGAACUAAAAUUUUAUUUUUUAAAUAUAAAAUCUGACCUAAAAUAUUUUCUAGAACUAAUUUAUGGAAUAUUAACUUUUAUCAAUACUUUCAUAUAAGCUCCAGCCCCAUUCAAACUAAAUAAAAUUAUUUUUUUCAUAGCUUCUACUAGACAUAGAUAGUAAAUUUUGACACAUAUAUACACACACACAUCUGUGUCUCUGGUGAUUUCUAAAGAUGACAAACACUAUGAAACAACACCUGGCUCAACUCUUUUAAUUUGUAUAUAAAGCAAAGAACAACAUUAAUGGAGAUAUACAAUGAUUAUUCAAACAAGCUAUACAUAUGUACAAAGGCAAAUAGAUAAUAAAAUAGUCUUUGUAGUCUCAUUCUGAUUAUAUACUGUAAGAAAGGAUCAAAAGACUUUGAAACCUAGGGGACUUUUGACAUACAAACUCUUCUUGAAAAUGGUUAUAAAUAAUUUUGAAAGUAAAAAUUAUAGCCAAUCAAAACUAUUCUGGCCAGUCCAUUUCAAGCAUCAGAUUCAGAAAUUACAUCAAGUCUUUCAGGUACUGGGCAAUUUCCAAAGCAGCAUGGGGGUAUGACUUUGAAAGGUUCUGCCCUCAGUAAGAGUGCUAAGUGGAAGGGCUCUUUAGGUUCCCAAUUGGAAUAGGUUCUAUCAUUUUUUUUAACCAGAAUCAAAAGACCUUGAGGAUAGGAAUUAUAUGGCAAUUCUGACCCCAGGUUUAAAACGUUUUUUUUUUAUUGAGAUGACCCUAGAUCUAAAAUUAUACAUAUAUUUUUGUGUAUGUGUGUGGGAAUGUGUAUACUCACAAACAUACAUAGACUGCAACUUAUAAUGUA